AUGCUUAAGAGAGACAUGGAGAAGACCAACAAGGAUGAGAAGCCAGUGCUAGGAAAAGAGCCAACGAAAGAAGGUGCGGGAGCAGCUGAAGACUUAGCCAAAGAUGUAAAAUGCCGUGUAGUGAUCCGAUGGCACUACUCAAAAGCCAACGAGCCUCGUCGUGUCUACGUCUGCGGCUCAUGGGACGGUUGGGAUAGUCACAUAAGACUUUACAGGUCUGAUGACGUGUUCUCCACUGUUCUUCAUCUCUCUCCAGGCUACUACGAAUUCAAAUUCUUCGUGGAUAAUGAAUGGAUGACUAACGAACACCUGCCCUUCACUGAUGUUGGUUACUAUAGCAAAAACAUCAUCACCGUCAAAGAAGAAGAGCCCGAUGUUGCAGCGGAGGAGAAGAACGCCUCAUAG